GACCUUUUUGAUGGUGUUUUGAAGGACAUGAAAGCUGAAGCUGAGGUGUUUUGGCUACAAGGAGGCAGCCAUGGACUGACAGUGAAAGGAAGGUCUGAAGAGUCUGUAAUGGAUGAAGUCAACUUAAAAGUCAUCAGCUGGAUCAAAAAAGAAGUUUAAAUAAAUUAUCAUUACAUGCUUUUUUUUGCUUUAUUUUUAAAAUCAUUUUAUUUUUCAACUAAUGUAUUCAUAAUUAAACAUGAAACUAUGUUCACAUACUUUGUUUUAGCUUUAUUAUGAACACAAAUUGAAACACAAAAUGUGCUGCUGUCCCUUUAAAACGAUCUGUGACGUAAUCAGCCGCUCUAACGCUAUUGGUUAGACGACUUCCGCAUCUUUAAGACUGCACGAACAUGGCAGGAGUAUCCUGGAACAGUGUAAACAUCUUAUUUCCUAGUGCGGCUUCAGCUGUUCGCAUCAAGUUUACUUCAGCAACAGCUACGGUUUUGAAGCUCCUGUUGUCGGAAAACGAGCAGGUCCUGAAGCUGAUCCGCAGCGAGAUUCUUCAGACGGAGACCCGAGUUUUAUACGAGCUGCUGUACCUUUUGAACAACAGCUUCAGAGCCAACAAGACGUUCAAAGGCUUACAGCAGGUUGAACAAUGUAUAAACAAACUGAAGAACAUGAAGCUGUGUGCUGCUCUUCAGGACCUGGUUGAUCUUUGUCCACCACAGAGACAAAUGGCGUCCUCCAUCACGACGGGCGAGUGUGAACUUCCAAGUCAACCCAUGCUGGAGUGGAUCUGUCUCAAAGUUCUGGGAGCCAGCAAGCUCGUGAUCUGCACGAUGGCUCGCUGCAGCAAAGCCUUUAUACUUUCAAAGCAGCAGCUAAAAUGGGAGGAGUUUAUCAUCCUGAAUAUAGUGAUAACCAGCAUGCUUAGUCGUUUGUGGGCGAUUUCCCACGGUAUCCUGGUCGGACUCGCCCACCUGUACCAGAAUCUCCUGGAACUACUUAAGAUUGUGGCCGAAGCCCAGCCCAUGCCUUACCUCACUGAUGUCUCCCUGCCAGCUGAUAUGGCUGAGUUCCUGGGUCCCUCUGACGCACCGUUACUGAAGGAACGGAGAGCGUUUGGCUCUCGUGUCCAAAAACCCGAGACGAAGCAGCAACUUAAAAAGACAGCCGACGUUAAAGACCUGAACCAGGAAAAACAGGGGAAGACUGAAGACCUGGGAGUUUCUGUUAAAAGAGAUCUUGGUUUUACUGCUGUGAAGCCUUUUUUCAGUAAGGGUAAAUCGGUCUCACAGGAUGUGAACAAGACCGAUAAGAAACAGAAGCUCAAGAAACAAAUAGAAGAAGCUGCUACGUUUUCUAACAUGUCUGCCAGCCUGGAGGACAUGAUUAGGUGGUGCAAAUCCCAGAGGAUGGAGAAGACCAAACGUCUCCUAACCUUUCUGCAUUUAAAGUGCCAGAGGAUGAAACGGUUGGAGGCAACAGGACACAACAUGCAGAGGAAGUUGCGGGUCUUCAGACGAGAAGUUUCCUGGGCUUUAUCUCCUCAGGGAUCGGAGGCAAAGACUUUUCACUUCCACGCCGCGAGGAGGAGACCUGUUGGUCUGAGAAGUCGCCUGCAGUCACUCAAAAGGAGGUUCAUGCUGGUUAGAAUUCGGGCGGGUGUAAAAACGAGGAGACUGGCUCGGCGACGAAAACAAACCAAGCUGCCGGUGGAUUUUAAUAAUUACCUACAAAGCAAGGCAGCACGGGAAGCAACACUUCACAUCUCUGACACUGAAGGCUUUGAUUGCAUAGAUGAUAUAUUUGCUUCGGCUGGCUUAUGAAGUUUUGAACAUACAGAGUCAAAAACAAAUAAAACAAAAAAAAAAUAAA